GCGGAAGCUAAAAGAACGGAGCCCAACACCACAAAGAAAACGGAAGGCCGUCGAAAAGUAUGGUUCGCCCUCGCAUCAAUGGACCAGGAAAGAAGCGGAAGACCUAUCAACGUAGGGCAGUAGAGUAUGCGCAUAAGAGAGACGUCCUCGACUUCAUUGACAGCGGUCACAGCCUUGACGAGACAAUUUCACAGUUCUACGGCGACUUAAGUGGCUCCGACAUUCGUGCUAAGAAAAAACAAAUUCACAAGUGGAGCAAGCAGGCUCCAACUAUACGUGCUGCAUGUGAUUCUGGGCGGGGGUGCCACCGAAAUCUGCGCGGACUUGGUGAAGCGACUGUGCUCACCAAGGAGGCUGAACGCGCUAUCGUAGUGUGGGUGAAUUCGCUGCGGAAAGAUGGUGCCCCUGUCUCCCGUCUCAUGCUUCAACUGCAGGCAAAAGAAGCAGCUGCAGACAUUGGCCUUGAAGGCAAAUUUGCAGCCACAUCAACAUGGGUUAAGCUAUUUCUUCGUCGCCAUAAAUUAGCGCUCCGUGUACGUACCAGGCAGGGACAGACGACGCCACAGGAUGCUCAAGAUGCAGCUACGACAUUUCGAGCGCUGGUGCUGCAGACAAUCGUCGAAAAGAAGUGUGUACAAGUAUACAAUGCUGAUCAGACGGCGGGCAUUGGACCCCUGAAGUUGAAGAAUAUGCAGCGUCUAUUAACGUUAUCCUACUUAAAGUACCGCCGCGUUACACAGUCUGAAGCUGGUACCGGUAGUGAUAGCGUGGGCAGUUACGAGGAGCAGAGUCUAGCACACACAGAUAGAGGUGUCUCCGAACUCAUUAGUCAUUUAUCCUUCCAGCAGCACACGACAACGAUGAAGUUUAUCUUCCAAGCUCUAGCAGCGAUGGCGUUCAUGGCAGGCGGUGCCGCUGAAUUGCAGAACGGGGUUCAAUUGGGUGAAACUUUCGGUGGACCCCAUGGCGAUAAGUACUCCGACGAAACCACUUUGUACCACGGAGGUGACGGCGGUGACAAGAACACGCUGACGUUAGGACAAAACGAGCACAUCACGGGCAUCGAGGCUCACUGGGGCAAGUACUACCGCCACACGCGUAUUAUGUACAUCAAGUUUACGACCGAUGCGGGACACACCAUCUACGGUGGAACCCCGUCGGACCAAAUCGGCAAGGACGACGCCCCUGAUGGGUACCAAUUGGGAGGCUUAGCUGGCUUCUGUGGCAACGAGAUCGACUCUGUGGGAGCUGUGUGGACCAGCAUAAAGCCGACUCCAUAA